CGAUCCAGCCCAAGUAGCAAUUUUUCGACGCAUUGGUUGUCAGUACAAACAAAUGCACUGUAUAUAACGUUGCCCGAGAGUAUUUUCAGUUGUUUCCGCCAACGACCCCUAACCCGACUGACAUUACGAUGUUACAACGUUAAGUAAUACCUUUAGUAAUAUGGGCAACUAAGCAUCAACUAAGUUAUUACCAUUGUGAUAACUACAUAUCACAGUUCAGUUUUUUCAACAAUCGCAACGACUUAAAAACGUUAUUAUGCUAAACUAAAUUACGCCCAUGGGUUGUCGGGCCGUCUCGGUAGUUGUCUGUCACGAUCCUAGGUAUAGUUCUAGACGUCUGACACGUGUGCGGCAACGUAAAUAAAAGAAUUUACUUUUUACUUUAUAACUAUAACCUCACUUUUUUCUUAUUAUUUUAUUUUUUAUUUUGCUUUUUGCUGGAAAUUUUCGAUUUUUUUUACUAUGAAGCGGAAUAAGGCUUACAAAUACUCUACCACCUUUUAUCGGCAUCGGAAGAAGAUAGGGUUGGAAAUUAAGGAGAAUGCUGCGGUUCCGUCUCCAAAUGAAAUUGAAGAAAGGGGUCAACUUUUAACCCAAGAGGAUAACCAGCAGAAUUCCCAUGGGAGAACUUCCUUUGAUUCUCAUCAUAGCUCAAAUGAAUAUUCCUCCGAUUCAGACAAUAAGAGUACUACUGCCAAUCUGAUGGAAGAAGAAAUCAAAAGAGAGAUAGCAAAUCGGACAUCUUUAGAAGCUAUAGGACUUAAAAUAAGACAAUUUCUGCCUGGUUGGGCCACAAAAAAUCAAAUAUGUCAAAAUCCAGCAUUAAAUACUCUACUGUCUGGCCUUACUGAGUGUGGAAUUCCCAAUUUACCAAAAGAUUCCCGAACAUUACUUAAAACUCCAAAAUCUGUAGCAGUUCAGAAAAUGGGUGUGGGCCAUUUUUGGUAUAAUGGGCUUAAGAACUGCUUAAGUAAUAUAGAAAAAUAUGUUGAAAACAUCAACGCAUUAAAGCUAGACUUUGGAAUAGAUGGUUUGCCACUAUUCAACAGCUCGUCCCAUCAGUUUUGGCCAAUAUUAGUAAAAAUAGCCAAUGUUCCUAAAUACCCUUGCCAAAUAGUAGCUAUUUAUUACGGCAAAGCAAAACCACCUUCGAUUGAAGAAUAUUUGGAACAGUUUUGUGCUGAACUAAAGGACUUGAUUCAAACUGGAAUAGAAGCUGACAACAUUAGAAUUAAUGUGGAAAUAAAUGCACUGAUUUGUGAUACUCCUGCACGCUGUUAUAUUUUAAGUGUGGUGCAGUUCAAUGCUUAUCAUGGAUGCCUUAAGUGCAUAAUAAGGGGAGAAUAUCAUCAGAUCCAAAAAAGAAUGAGCUACCCACAAACACAUUGCCAGUUGCGGACAGAUCAAGAUUUUCGAAUGAAAACUGAUCCCGCUCACCACCAAAAAAAUAAUGAUGGAGACUGCCUUACCACGCCAUUGGAAAGUUUACCAAUUGACAUGAUUAAAGAUAUCAUUAUUGCAGAUUCUUUACAUUUAAUAGAUUUUGGGGUAACAAAAAAAUCAUUACAACUGUGGGUUCAAGGAAGUAAAUAUGUAAAGAUAAAAUUUUUUAAUCAUCAAAUAAAUGUAAUUUCCGAUUGGCUUGUUAACAGUAACAAAUAUAUGCCAAAGGAAAUAAAUCGUUCUGUCAGACCGCUCAAUUUUCUUUCUUAUUGGAAAGCCACAGAAUUCCAUACGUUUCUUUUUUAUCUUGGACCAGUAAUCUUAAAGGAUCAUUUAUCAAGUGAAAUUUACAGACACUUUUUGUUGUAUUUUGUGGCUGUCUUUCUUUGUUCAACCUCUAUUUUUAAAGACCAACUAGAUCUUGCUCAUACAAUAUUUGUCGACUAUAUUGAAGAGUUUGUGUCAAUUUAUGGUGAACACUCUAUAACAAGCAACAUACACAAUUUAUGUCAUGUUGUUGAAGAUGUUAAGAGAUUUGGACCCUUACAAAAUAUUAGUUCAUACAAAUUUGAAAACAAAUUGGGUACUAUAAAGAACCUUUUAAGAAGUGGCAAUAAACCUUUACACCAAGUAGUAAAAAGGCUUAUUGAGAUUGAAAAUAACGUAAAGCACAGUUUCAAGGAUGAAAGCAGCAUUAUUGUAAAAGAUGAUGUUUUGAACAAAUCUGAAAAACCUCCAGGUAUUAAUGAGUGUUUUAAAAAAGUUAUUUUAAAAAAUGGAACUCAAUUCUCAUCAGAGGAUAAAGAUUCCUGGAUAUUGACAAAAAAUAACAAAAUUAUUAAAAUAAUCAGCGUUUAUUUAGACAACGGUAAUGUAAAAAUAUUUGGUAAUACAAUUAAAAAACUAUGUGAUUUUUUUGAUUACCCUUUCUCUUCCUCUCAUAUUUACAUUUAUAAGGCUAAAUUGCAGUUUUGUGAGCAAGCUGAAUGCAUUAAGGAAUCAGACAUUAAAUGUAAGAUUGUCGGUAUAGAAUUUCAUAAUGAGAUUGUAUUUCUUCCUCUUAUUCACACAUUUGAUUUGUUUAUAGGUACUCAUUAAUUUUUUGUUUGUUAAUUUUAGUUGUUGAUUAAAAAAAAAGUGCUGUGAAAAAAAUUUAGUUAUGUUGUAAAAUGAAAAUGUGUUACUUAAUUUACUGCAAAUUUAUUAAAACAAACUUUAUAAAAUUCAGU